GUCCAGUAUGCACAACAAAAACACCUUUCUAAUUUUCCCCCUCUCAAUUUCAAGCCCUAAAACAUGAAUGAUCUGACAGUCCAAAUGAUUGAAGAGAUCUGCGAUCGUAUCAAGACCGUUCAAAUUUCCGAUUCCAGCCCUUCUCUCUCUCCUACCACAGGAGAAACUAUUAAUUCGGAGGAGGAGAGCGUAUCAAAUAGAAUUCGACAAGUUUCCCCAUCUCAGGGGCCAACACCGCCCAUUUUGCAGAAAAUUAUCAAUUUAAGUGAUAAAAUUCAGAAUUUGAAGAAAGAACACUCAAAUCUCUCUAAUCAAGUAAAGACUGCCAAGGAUUCCUUUCUUGGCCCCAAUAUUUUAGACACCCUUCAAAAACUCUGUAAUGAAUAUGAACUUCUUAAAAAGAAGUAUCUACAAGAGUUGUCUGAGAGGAAGAGGCUUUACAAUGAGGUGAUCGAGCUUAAAAGGAAUAUUAGGGUCUUCUGUAGAUGCAGACCACUAAAUCAAAUCGAAAUAACAAAUGGUUCGAACUAUGUAGUUGAAUUUGACUCUUCCCAAGAUAAUGAGUUGCAGAUCAUUUCCUCUGAUUCUUCCAAAAAGCAAUUUAAGUUCGACCAUGUUUUUGGGCCUGAGGAUAAUCAAGAGGCUGUUUUUGCACAAACUAAACCAAUAGUCGCUUCAGUUUUGGAUGGCUACAAUGUCUGCAUAUUCGCCUAUGGACAAACUGGAACUGGAAAGACGUUUACUAUGGAGGGCAGCCCAGAAAAUAGGGGAGUGAACUACAGAACAUUAGAUGAGUUGUUCUCAAGAGAGAGGUGGCAUUAUGAGAUAUGGUCUUUUUGUUAGUAUGAUGGAGGUUUACAAUGAGAAGAUAAGGGACCUCUUGAUUGAUAGUUCCAACCAACCGCCUAAAAAGUUAGUUUCCUGUUUUAUUGCUACUGUAUUGAUCUGAUAAUCAAAAUAUAGUCAUUUAUGUCAAAAUUUUUGGUUGCAAAAAUUUUGUAUUAACAAUAUUCUGUAGCACUGAUUUAUAUCAUUUUGCUAUACCAUUGUUGUUCUGUAGUUUGUUGAAUUAAUUGAAGUGGCAGUACUAAUGACCACAACAUUGUUGGUCUGUAGUUUGUUGCGAGUAACAGUGAAAGGAGUGAAUUUAAAUAGAUCGACAAAAGA